CAGGCUGCAGUCUCGUGUACUCUGGCGCAGAAUAGGCUUUCAAGGAGGUUGGGCUGUCCUGAGGCACCGGCGCUAACCUGAUGUGCAUGAAAGAAAACUACCUCAAGAAAAAAAAGUUAAGCUCCCUUCUCACUUGGCCAUGUAUUCUACUUCUACUAACUUCUAAUCUAGGGAAGGCGGAUGAAGCGGGACUGGCUGAUUAUGAAUCCGACGAGCGUUUGAAAGCGGCCUUUCAAGCCAAUCUAGCCCAGUCAGACGGAAUUCCACGCGUGAAUAUCCAGGAAGGAAGUGGCAAUACCACAGACACUCAGAAGAGCAACCAACGUCAGGACGAACAGUUUGCGCGACAGGUGAAAGUUGCCCAGCAGCAAGCCCCAGAGCUUCGCCAUACGGCAAAGCUCAGUGUGAAGCAACGUAGUCGGGUCAUUGACCUUUUUGAUAAAAGCUUCAAGGGUCUAGACGAUGCAAAAUCCCUGCUCUCCUCUCCGAGCAUCUCCGUGAGACUUCCAUUUCCAUUCUUGGGGACCGAGAUGCCUAAGCGAUUCAUGGUCCGUAAUGACCAGGGAAACUAUCAUUACAUGGGACGGGAGGUGUUCUCUGGCCUCGUUGAUGCUUUUAACUCAAUGGAAGAGGGUUUUGGCCAUCCAAAUCUCUGGGUAUAUGGCCUCAUGGGCUACGGGAAGUCGCACCUUCUUGCAACCCUCACAUGUUUUCUCACGGCAUACGGCUAUCGGGUCGUGUACCUCCCAGACUGUCGCAUAUGCCUUGAAGAUCCUACGAAAUACCUGCAGCAAUGCUUGCUGUUUACUUGGAGUGAUCUCCCUGAGAAGGUCGAGGAAAUUGUUAAACUGCAGGACAUGAACGAAGUUGCCAAUUUCAUUGCCAAUAACUGGUCCACCUCCGUUGUAUUUGUCAUGGACCAAAUGAACGCCCUAGAUGACGAAGAUGAAGUCUCAACAAAAUCCCACGUACGCCGUUCGCUCAAAAGAUGUCGCUCUGGGUUGAAGACAGUACUCAGCACUUCGGCAAAUAACAUCUCCUUCCACCGCAUAACACUCGAAUGCAACGACCACGAACCCGGCAGAGGCGAUAGACCCCGAACGGCAUGAUGUUAUAGCAAAGUAACGUCCGUAGCUUCUUGGACAAACCGAAAGAUUUCGGAAUGGAGUACAUAGUAAGCAUAACUUAAAAAGAUGACCCCGAUACGAUUGGCGAGCAAGUGGGUCGCAUACAGAAGGAA